AUGAAAGCAGGGUGUGAUUAAAUUAUUUUUUACGCCUAGAAUAGAAGAGAAACCAAAAAGAAAAAAGAAAAAAAAAAAAAAAAGCGCUGACCUUUUUCUUGGAUUUAGAAUUCCCGGGAAAUAGACUUCCCAGAAAAAAAUUGGGAAACUUUCCUGUUCUUCCAUUCCUCAAAACCCACGAUGAAGUGCGAAAGAUUCCUUUCAAUUCCAAUCUUUAUGGUGUUUCUGUUAAUUGGUGUUGUGUGUUACGUCACGCUUUUCAUCUUCAUCGAAGAUUGGGUUGGGUUGAAGAGCUCUGCUGGUUCUUUGAACGCUCUGAUUUUCAUUUCCUUGGCCUCUCUCUGCCUCUUCUCUUUCUUUUGUUGUGUUCUCAUUGACCCAGGUUAUGUUCCAGCUUCCUAUGUCCCUGAUAUUGAAGACAGUGAGUCAUCUGAUCAAGAACUCAAGAAAAAUGGCAUAUCAUCCAGGCGCUGUGACAAGUGUUCUACAUACAAACCUCCCAGGGCUCAUCAUUGCCGGGUCUGCAGAAGGUGUGUUUUAAGGAUGGAUCAUCACUGUCUGUGGAUCAAUAACUGUGUUGGUUAUUGGAACUACAAGGCCUUUGUUAUGCUUGUCUUGUAUGCAACACUAGGAUGUUUGUAUUCUACAGUUAUGAUUAUAUAUUGUGCAUCUCAUAAGGACUUGGAAUACAGUGGAAGUGGUGGCCUCAAGGUUUUUUAUGUUUUGUCUGGACUAAUGAUGGCUUCCUUGAGCAUAAUGCUUGGAACUCUUUUGGGCUGGCAUGUCUACCUCAUCAUCCACAAUAUGACGACUAUAGAGUAUUAUGAAGGAAUUCGGGCAUCAUGGUUGGCUAGGAAAUCUGGGCAGAGCUACAGACAUCCAUACAAUCUUAGUUUCUACAAAAACAUUAUUUCGGUCUUGGGUCCAAACGUGCUGAAAUGGUUAUGGCCCACAGCAGUAAGCCAUCUAAAAGAUGGACUUAUCUUCCCUACUCCGCGCGAUAAUUCAUGAGUCUUCUGCCUCUGCUCAAAUUCAGAUUUGGUGGCCUAAGUCCUUGUUUGUCAGCACACAAAGAAUGUGAAGCAUGUUCACUAUAGUCAUCUCCUAAUCUGAAAAGAAGCUAGCAAAAAAGCAACAGAGGGGAAGAAGCUACAUAUCUUGUUGAUAAACGCAGGGCAGGUUAUCAGCUUCAUUACGAGCCUAAGAAAGUGCCAAGACUUACACAAUAGGAUAUGUUGAAAGCAGGUAGAACGAGCUUCCUUUUUCACAUGCUGGAGAUCAACAAGUCUUUUUUUGGCAACAGUAGUUUGGAUAUAUGAAAGUGUACAUCAGAUGUUUUAUACGAUAAACGUUUGAGAUAUUUUAUGCCGGAGGACAAUGCAACCCACUUGAUUAAACCCAGCCCCAAACUGAGGGAUGUUGGAAUAGAAACAGUGUGUGUAACUUCAUGUAAGGUUAGCAUUUUUGUUUACACUCUUGAUAAAGAGCUUACAUUGUGCCAUUUUCGCUUAAAUGACCAGUAAAAUGUUUAUUUAUACUAUUUGCCUCUCCACAAAAGAAAAAAACUAUAUUUGUGA